AUGCCGAAAGUACGUUCAAUACCCCAGAAAUCGCCACCACCCCAACCCACGCACUCACUCCUUUCGCAGAAUCCCGAAGCCUGCCAAACCGAAGCCUGCGACCUCCAGUCCUGCCUUGGCAAGAAUACCUACACUCCCGAGAAAUGCGAGCACCACCUCAAACGCCUUUACCUCUGCUGCCAGAAAAUGCAUAAAGAGGGCGGAGACAAGGCCCAGUCAACGGCCUGUCCACAAUCGAACGUGGUGACGCGGUGGCUGAAGGAUCAUCCGUAG